AUGUUCGCGAUAUAUUUAUUUGAAGGAGUUUUUCUUUCAAAUCUAGAAAGGUUAAACAUUGACCGUACAGACAGAGGUAUUGACCAUCAAACAGGCUGUAAUUAUAAUUCUAACAGUUGUGACAAAGUGGAAGAAAUUGCUGUGGAGGGAACGGAAUAUAAAGAAUCACCAGCGUUCUCUUCGUAUCAAUUACCCCCGAAGCUAAAAUCUCUUAGCAUCGCUAAUCAGAAAAUGUUUCUUCCUUUAAUAGAUAAUACGUACGGGUUUAGGUCGCAAAAUUCAUUAACACAUCUACAUGUUCAGGGAAAUCUUAUAUAUGACAUACAACAUUUUAGUGGACUUUGGCGUCUAGAAUACCUUGAUCUCUCGAACAACUUCUGCUUCAAUAUUACCAAACAGUCAUUUCAAAAUAUGACAAACUUAUUAUUCCUGAACUUAUCCAGAAAUCUUUUAGGAAAGGUAUUAAAGAGUCAGUCCUCAGAACAUGUAUUUGAUCACCUCCGUGGUUUAAAGGUACUGGAUCUGUCCUAUAACUGGAUAACUCUCAUACAUAAGGAUGUGUUUGUUUUCAUGUCAAAUAUUGAGCAUCUAAUCUUAAGUAAUAAUGAAAUAGAAAGUGUCACUUUUGAUCUGUCAGCUGCUUUAAAAUUGCGUAGCAUAGAUUUGUCUUCCAAUAAAAUUGUGAUGUUGGAUUCAAAGUCAAUGGACUUUUUAGAUGCUUCUAGGGAGAAACAAUUCUCUAUCCAGAUGUCAAACAACCCAUUACAGUGUACAUGCCAAAGCAUGGACUUCCUGAAAUGGAUGAAAGAAUCUUCAAAUAAACAUUUUGUUGACAGAGAGAAUUACACUUGCAUAUUCACAGAUGAGAAAAAGAUUGAACUGCGCCAUUUAGAGCAGAUAAUCACUUCUUUAGAGCGUAAAUGUACAUCAUUUACAACAACAAUAAUCGUAGUUACCAUUAUUUUACUCGUCACAAUCACUCUUGUAUCCUUUGCAAUAAUGUAUAGAUAUAGAUGGAAACUACGCUAUUUAUAUUAUGCUGGUAAGAGAAGUUAUAGAGGAUAUUCAAGGAUUUUAGACUCCGGUAGAGAGUAUCAAUUUGAUGCCUUCAUUUCCUAUGCUGAAAGUGAAAGGGCAGAGUUUAUACCAAACCUUUUGAAGCUAGAAAGAGAAAAUAAUUUUAAAUUUUGUAUACACAGUCGUGACUUUAUAAUUGGUGUUAACGUAGCAGAAAACAUUACCAAUGCUAUUCACAAUAAUAAACAUACUGUCUGUUUUCUGAGUAAAGCUUUUUUGGAAUCUGAAUUUUGCAUAUACGAAGCUCAAAUGGCUCGAAUGGAGAGUAUUUAUGGAUCUUGGAGCUGUCUUACCGCCAUUUCUAAAGGAUGUAAUAAGAGAACAGACAUAUCUGGAAUAUGA